AUGGUUUGUUUCAAAUUUGGACGUUGUACUAUUUGCCUACUUCGUUUGCGUCCAGACAAUGUUUAUACUUUAAAAAAUUGCAAUCACACAUUCCAUCGCCAAUGUAUUACUCGUUGGAUUACUGAAGGGGCACAAGAAUGCCCUCGAUGCCGAGUUCCUGCUACUUUAAAUGAUAUUAAACAACUUUCUGUUGAAGAAGCUGAUGACAGUUCUGAUGAUUCUGGUGAUGAGAUGACUCAAAGUUCAAGUAAUAUGAAUACAAAAAAUCCCCAUGUAAGUUAA